AUGUGUUCUCUCCAUCCCAACGUCUUUGCCGGUAUUCUUUUCUUCCUCGGUAGACUCCAUCUCGUAGCGACUGGCGCUGUGUUUAUUGAGCCCCAUGCUAAAAUUGUUCAAUUCCGAGCCACAGUAAUUGUACCCAAAGCACCAACCGUUCUCCAAACCACUGGAAUCCAGUCAUUCUGGCCCGCAAUCGAGCCUGCAAACAGCAAUUCCAUCCUACAAAUCGUAUAUGCCAAUGAAGGAGAAACGCUAGGACGAUGGUCAUUUUUUGAGUAUUUCCAACUCGGGAAUGCAGCAGCUGGAGGCGAGAGGAUUCAUGGGAAGAAUAUUAUUGUUUAUCCCGGAGAUCUGAUCUCGAAUGGAUUCAUCUCGAUGGAUUCAUCUCGAUGGAUACAUCUGAGCAGUGGAAAGGUCCAAUAA